UUCAGUUUUGCCUGCACUCUUCUGGCGGUCUUGCCUUCCUGCGUAAGACUUCUGACGAAGCCCACCUUCUGGCAGUUUAAACUGGCAUUGGCUAAUUCCUCUCUGGCGUUCUUCCUCUUCUCCUAUCAAGUCCACGAGAAGUCUAUCCUCUUAGCUGCUUUGCCUGCCUGCCUCCUGCUGGAUGACCUCCCCUUGAUGGCUAUUUGGUUCCUGCAUGCCUCUACAUUCAGCAUGCUGCCUCUGUUUCUGAAGGACGGUCUGCUGGUGCCCUUUGUUGUGACCUCGCUGGGCUUCCUGUACUUCAGCAUCUAUCUGCUGUCUGCACUGGAGCGCUGCUCAGAGGAAGAGCUGAGACUGGGAGCCUACCACAAGCUGCUGUUCUGCCUACCCAAACUGGACCUAGCAUGGAUUGUAAGAUGGAAGUUCUACGUCAGCGUCUCCGUGAUGGCCGGUCUGAGCAUUGCUGCUGUAGCUCUGGCUCCUCCACCACAUCUACCUGACUUGUUUCCUGUGCUGGUGUCUAUCACUUCUUUUAGUCACUUCUUGGGAAUAUUUAUAUAUUUCAACAUUGUCCAGUUCAGCGAGCCGCCCAGCAGAAAGAGCCAGAAGAAGAACAACUGAAUGAUGCCUAAGGCAGUGAUGUACAUGGCAACAUAUCGUUUAGCAAACUGCUGCUAAAUGCUUCAGGGAAGCCAGUGUUACAUUAAGAGGCAUUUAAACGUGCCAUAAUGUCCCCUGUGGAAGAAGCAUUAAUGUAGAGCUGCAAUUAUCGGUCUAUAAGAAACAUUAUUGAUACCUAUUUUGAUGAUCAAUUAAGUCAUUUUUUAGCAAAAAUGCAAAACAUUUGAUAUUUCCAGCCAGACAAAUGAGAGUGGUUUUUCAGUUCCUCUUGUAUUAUAGUAAAUUGAAUAUCUAUGGGGUUUGAUGCUAUUGCUCAGACACAAAUGAGAUUUGAUGGCAUCACCUUUAGCUCUAAGACAUUGUGACAGCUUUCUGAACUUUUGUAGACCAAAUAUUGUAUUGAGUAGAUAAUCUGCAAACAAAUUGUGAAGGAAAUAAUCAUUUGUUGUAGCCAGAAACAAAGGGUACUGAAUAGGAUUUUGCAGACUUCAAAAUCACUAUGCUACAAAAUCAGAGGACCUGUGAUAUCAGUACAAAGUAGACGGUAGUGAUAUUUUUCCAGUUUGGACCAAAUUAAUUCAAGAAAUGAUUCCCCCUUGUGCGGACCUCUUGCAUAUUUUUUUGUAUUGGACUAAACACUAUUGCUAGCUAAUCAAUCAAGUACCAAUAGACAUGCCGUGUGCAGCCCAUUUGACUCCAGCGAGCUCUGUGCCUGGAUGCUUAAGCUACGGGGAUGGCCACAAUACCAGGAACAACUGUUGUAAUGUUCAGUAAUUGUAAAGACCAACAUGGGGAAAGGUGUUUAAUUUUCCAGUAACUCUUUAAGCCAUGGUGUUGCUAGCCUUAAUGAUAUUGUAAGGUGUUUCUCUUAUUUUGUCUACCCUCAGUUCCUCCUCUGGGUAUUGUGAUUUAAACACAUUCCUGGCGCGACUGGACUCCGGUCUAGCAGGAAGUGUUAAACAUUAUUCAUGUGAACUUUUUCUUUACGGUUUUUCUAUUGUAUAUUUUCAUCUAUCAUUGAAGUACUUUUGUACAAACUUCGUUUUUGUGAAAAUAAAUAACAUUUCUCAAUGAC